AAAGACUAAUCAACUGAUCAGUAUUACUAGAAACACAUGGGACCUAGACUCAACUAAUACAAAGAUGAUAUACAAACAAGCCCUUGAACUAGCACUUCUAUACGGUGUACAGAUUUGGAGAGAAGCCUUAAAUAAUACACAUCUGAAAAGAAAACUUUUAUCUGUACAAAGAAAAUCAGCCAUCCGUAUUUGUAAAUCUUACUGCACAGCUCCAACAAACACGCUUCUUGUGAUGGCCAACUUGACACCUAUUCAUUUGGAGGCAAAUAGAAGAAUUUGGAAGUGGUUCCUAAUGAAUAAAAACUUUUCUAGUAGUUCUGAAAUGGAAAUCUCAACACUUCAAAACAAAGGGAAACCACUGAAAAAUAUGAACUUUAAGUCACACAUUGUCCACAACAAUAUCGACAAUAUACCAAAUGAAUUUAAUUUUAUGACUGACCCAAAAGCAACUCACCCAUAUGAAAUUUCCUUAGACUUCAAAGAAUCAACAGCAAAUAAUAAAAAGAAACAAUUGAUAGCCUUUACUGAUGGGUCAAAGGGAGAAAAUGGUGUAGGAUCAGGUGUGGUAGUCAAGAACAGUGAAGGAAGAACUUUAUACCAGGCAGCGUUCAAGCUUGCAGAUCAUUGCUCAAUUAUUCAAGCAGAAUUAUGGAGUAUAUUUAAAGCCCUCACUUACAUCAGUCAGCUCUCUCACAUAACCUAUAAAAAACUACUUGUCUUUACCGAUAGUAGAGCUGCUCUACAUAUACUAAGAAGAGAAAAUAACAAAUCAGCCCUAGCUAAAGAACUCAUAAAUUUGGCAACAAAAUUAGGAAAACAACUAAAAAUCUCCUUCGAUUGGAUACCCGGUCACGUUGGCCAUGCGGGAAAUGAGUUAGCUGAUAAAUUAGCAAAAAAAGCCUCAAUUGCACAUACUAAAAUAACGUACUCGCGGCUUCCUAUCAGCUCAAUAACAAAGUACAUCAACCAACAAAUUUGUGCUUUAUGGCAAACAGAGUGGGAAGAAUCACCCACUGGAAGGUUGUGCUUCAAAUUCUUCCCAUCCAUCGAAGACAGACAAAAAAAAAAACACGAUAUUCAAACCAUCGUUCCAAACAACACAAUGCCUGACAGGGCAUGGAUGUUUUAA